AUGGCCCAAACGAGAACAAGCAUACGCGGGCUACCCAGGGUCUCCGCUCCACCUCAAGCCAUUUCAUUGCAGACUCGCAGCUUAUGGGGCUGCUCGUAUCACCGCGACAACAAACACAACCUUCAUAGGAAACAUAUCCGUCUUAUCCUCCACAGCCAUCCCCAAUCGCGAAAACCACAUCGUCCCACGCAGAAUUGGGAUCAGCGAACGAUCUACCCGGACUACCACUACCAAUCAUGGCGGGGCCCCGGCUGGGGCUGGGGCUGGAGCAGCUUUAGGCCCAGCUUUCCCGACUCUCAGUCUCAGCGCAAGGAGAUAAGGGGCAAAAUCAAACAGGUGAUUGACGAAAUUGAUGCUUGGAACGAUGACGCAAGGCGCCGAAUGGAGUGGAUUCGGAGGGAGAUCGAGAGGGAUCCUUACGCAGCUGUCUUUGGGAGAAGGAUUGAGCCAUUUGGGCUGAAUUGGGGGACUAAGUUGGAGAACGGGUUCACGACGUUGUGGCAGUCGAUAUUCGGGGCUAGGAAUGGUGGGGAUACGGAUGCGUCCAAGAAGGCCGAGAAGACCACGAAAAUUGUGGACUUGGUCGGAAAAGAGCAGAAAGAUUCGCCCAGCGCUGAUGAUAGCGUCAAGUUGGAAGAGUCGCAUACUGGAAACAGCGCAGUACAGAGUCGGUUCUCGGGGGGGGUUAGGGGGAUUGGGUUCGAGUACGACCCUAUUACUGGUCGUAUGAUCCCUGUGCGAACCAAGUCUUCGAGUUUGAAUGAAGACGGAGAGGAGUCGCAGAGGGACGUACAGGGUUCUGAGCAUACGUCCAAUGAAGGAGGAAAGGAGUCGCAGAGGGAUUCACAGGGUCCUGGGCCCACGUCCAGUUCUGAGAGUGACACUUUGCCUCGAGCUAAUGCUGAGACGGGGUCAGACGGUCUAUCUAAGUCUGAUUCCACCAUUGAAGAAGGCUCGAUAGAUCCUGAAGUCCUCAAGAGGCCUGGUAAUGCAUCAGAGCCUUCCAUUAUCUAUGAAGGUCAGGUUUACGCGUCAUCUCCAAGUCAGAAGACCUACGAUGAUAUACCCGAAGCAGCGCAAAACAUAUCUGAAGAAAGCGGUGCUGGGCCCAGGACACAUGGUCAGGAUGAGCCCACGAUGCCACCAGAAAAUGAUAGCGAUGAUGCUCUACCUCGCGAUACCAUUCGCUCUAGUCAAACUCUGGACAUUGGGAAUCAAUCUGCUGUUCAAACUUCAAAAUCAGAGCCUUCCAUAUCUGGAGACGGGCUUGAUAGAGUGGGCUUCCUGUCUAGGCGCGAUCAAGAAGGACCUUUAUGGAACCUUGGUAGGACGCAGCCAUCUAUCGAGACUGAGAACAGAGAAGAAGGACUUGAGCAACUGAGCGCGCGCGAUAUUCGAGCUGCCUAUGAGCCCAGACGGCUAAGUAUCGAAUCUGAGAUAGAAGCUGAGACGCCCAAGAACUUCGAUGGGAAUUCUAAUUUACCUAUGGGCUCUGUCGAUGAACAUGGCACGUCUUUUCAGGAUCAGACUGAGAACUCGACCGAUUUACCUGACAUGCCGACUGUCACAAAGACAUCAAAAGACUCUACCGAGCAAGCCCUAUCUGGGGACUCAGCGGCGCCUGCAGCCUCACUUGUCAUGAACGCAACUCCAGCUGCUGAAACAUAUCGUAUAUUUGCAUAUGAUCCAUCCUCCACAGCAGUCACAGAGGCGGAAACCAUAUCCUCGCUCCAGGCACCGAAUGAGCCUCUACAUCCAACGGAGGUCCUCACCCGCCUGACAAAUCCCGCCAAGUUCCUACCAUGUCUGAACCAGAUGAAUGCAGACGGGUAUGAAAUCGUGUCAGGUGGAGGGGAUAUUCUUGUGUUCCGAAAGGCUCCGGCAAAGAGACCGACGGCCAGCAAUCCUGGAUCGAACCAUGGGCCGGCAAGCCUCACCGAAGAUCAUUCCUCUGAGGCUGUGGCGCCCCAGCCGAUACAUAACAACUUUUAUACCGGGAACUUGUCAAGUCAAAGCUCAUCGACCGAGCACUUCCGCGGGAGUUCCCCAGAGUCCAAAGUUAGAACAGUGCUCCGGCGAAUGCUGAUCGGUGGGCUUGCCACAGGAAGUACGUGCUACGCACUGGGUGUUGUCAGCGAGUACUUCAGGACUGGAGGAGAGGAUGGACAGGGCAUUGACGCGUUCACUCAAUUUGAAUCCGAACGGCGGCAUAGGGAGCGAUGA